AGAGAAUAAAAAUAGUCAUCUUUGGCAGAGUAGUGGACUCUUCUAGUCUCUAUCACUUUAACUAUCUCACCCUUUCCUGGAAAACUAAAUAGGCUAUAUGAUUUAUUUAUUAAUGCAGAAAUAUAGCUGUUUAUUAAAUAUUCAUCAGUGUCCAGGUAAAAGUACAAGUACGUCACUUUCCAGUUCACCAAGAAUGACAGUGUGCAGAUUGUUUUUAAACUGCUAUAAUGUGUCUCAUUAAACAUGUCUGAGGACAAAUAUAAAUUGUAUUAUUGCAGAAAAGUGUGUCACGUUUGCUCAGAUAUAACUGAAUUUGUAGUCUGUCGUCUGUCAUAAGACAAUAUGGUUUAUGCAUUAAAUACAUAUACAUCAAAACAAAUACUUAUGGUACAGAUCAUAUUAUUUAUGUAUGGAUCUGUAAAACCACUGAUGGAGUUGGUAAACUGCAUCUCAGGUGUGCAUAAACAAACAAAUAUAUAUAAUUAUUCUUUACAAGGAGAAUUUUGUCAUUACUAAUGACACCCAAGGUGUCAUUUCAAAGUGUUGAUACAGAACUCAGCAGCUGUGAGGUAGCAGGUGCUUAAUGCCUUUUGCUCACAUAGAGCAUGCUAUAAAUUAUAAAUUAAGGUUAAAAAAAUUCUCCCAAGCCUCAUGGUGUACCUGUUCUGUGUGGACACAAUGAGGAACCUCUUCCAUUGUGGUUCUCCUUGCAGCCACUCCAUCAGGUUGACGGCCCUCCCCUUGGUAUCAUGGUUCACAACUCAGAGGCAAGUCCAGUUGGAGCAUAAUUUCUGCUUACUCACCAGCUCAGAGGGUUGACAGCUGCAAGGCUCUGCAGUGGGCAACAAACACACAUCAGUGCACAUGAAGUCGGGACUCUGUGACUUUAUUCUGCGGCAUGCACGAUUGUUGUGUGUUUAAGAACUGAUGAUUAAAACACUGUGAAUUACAGAGACAGACUGAUGCAAGCCAAAACCAUAAGUACACAAAACAAAGGAUUCAGCUUUAAAUGAUUUUGAUUAAAUUGAAGUCUAAGAAAACAGACUAGAAACACAUUCACUGCUUUCAAUUGCAGAUUUGGAAAUGUUCACCACUCUUAGCUCUGUGUCUGUUGAUUUCCGUUUGGUAUAAUGACUGACUUAUGUGAAUGAUGUUUCAUUCAUGAGGUCAUAUGCUUUUUGAUAAAAACAUAAUAAAAAUGCUUACUAUCACUUUCGUUUAAAGAUAUUUCAUAUCAUGAUGUUAAUAAUUUGUUUUUGCCUGAUCAGUAAAAACCAAACUAAAUUAAAGGUUCCUUUUACCAUAUUGGCAAUACAUUAUUAACUUGUCCUGUUGACAUAAGAUUUUGACAUCAUAAAUUGAGCAGAAAAGAGAAAAAAGAAUUAAUAAAAAAAGAAUAGCUCCUCCCUCUCCACUUCUGUUGUAUGGCCCUGCUGCGGCGAACUCGCAAGAAAUGGGGCGGAACGUUUGAGGAGAACAGUAUUUACGGACCUGAUUUUCCGAUGCACAAAGGGCGGGACUCUGUUGAUUAGGUGAAUAGAAAUAGAGAACACGUCUGCGUAAGAAAAGUGUUGACCAAUCGCAGGCAUUCUAGAGACAAUAACACAAAAGCAGGAAGAACACGCCGACAGCAUGGGUCUGCUAGUUACUGAAGGUCCCAGAUUGUCACCUGUCCGGAUGUUAGCAAACAUUUUGCUCUCAUUAUCACCUGUUUGCAGUUAACAGGUUAAAAUGUACCGAUGAUGAAGUAAAUCUCAGAUUACUUAUUAAAAUGCCAAUAAAUUAAAUUUUAAAUGUAUUAUUCUGCAAUAAUGCUGCCAGUUUCAGCUGUCUGUGGAGGAAUAUAUAGAGCUACGAUCCGCACACUUAGGACAAGAAACAUCCCUCUGAAUCGCCGUCUGUCCUCUGGAGGCAGAGUUCUGGCUGGACUAGCGGAUGCUGACACCAUCUUCGCUUUGUCAUCAGGUCAUGGCAGAUGUGGGGUGGCAGUGGUCCGCAUCAGUGGUUCUGCUGCAGCCACAGCAUUAAGAUGUAUGGUUGGGCUCGGAAAUCAGCUGCCUCCUCCACGAACUGCGCUGUUACGUAGUAUCACAGACCCCCACUCUAAAGAAGUACUGGACCGCGGAUUGGUUCUCUGGUUCCCAGCUCCUCAUAGUUUCACUGGGGAAGACAGUGUGGAGUUCCACAUCCACGGCGGUCCUGCUGUCAUCACUGCUGUCUUACAAGCUCUGGGAAGUGUGCCUGGCAUGAGGCCUGCUGACGCUGGGGAGUUCACUCGGAGGGCUUUCCACGCAGGGAAGCUCGAUUUAACGGAGGUGGAGGGACUCGGGGAUCUGAUCCAUGCAGAGACGGAGGCUCAGCGGAGACAAGCUCUCAGACAGAUGUCAGGAGAACUGGGACGCCUCUAUCAGAACUGGAGCCACAGACUGAAGCGGACUUUAGCCCAUGUCGAAGCCUUUAUAGACUUCAGCGAGGAUGAACUCAUCGAGGAAGGAGUUUUAGACCAAGUGGACAUAUCGGUGUGUGAUCUGCAAGCAGAGAUCGAGCAGCAUCUGAAGGAUGAGCGGCGAGGUGAGAGGCUUCGCAGCGGGGUCCAUGUGGUGAUCACUGGUGCCACCAACGCAGGGAAAAGCAGCCUCCUCAACACACUCUGCCAGAGACCUGCAGCCAUUGUUUCCCCCAUUGCUGGGACCACCAGAGACGUAGUGGAGUCGGCCCUGGACAUCGGCGGCUUCCCGGUCCUGCUGAGCGACACGGCGGGCCUCAGAGACAGCCCAGACCUGGUGGAGCAGGAGGGGGUUCGUCGGGCCAGGGAGAGGGUGCAGCAGGCUGAUCUGACUCUGCUGGUCGUUGACUCCACCAUCCUCCCCUCGGAGGAGCAGGAAGCUGCAGCGCUCCUGCUGGAGCACCUGAGGAGCGUCCUGUCCUCCCAGGACCAGUCUGGAGCAGGCAGGUGUCUCCUGGUGCUGAAUAAAACCGAUCUGCUACCUGAGGCUCAAAGAGAGAAGCUGAACCUGGGGCUGAGAAGAGUCUCUGGACUCCCACCUGUCUGCUUGAUUUCCUGUCAAACCAACGAAGGACUGAAGGAUUUCCUCACUGUGCUGCAAAGCAGCGUCAAAACGAUGUGUGGUGACCCUCUCUCCGGAGCGCCCACGCUGACCCAGGCCCGCCACAGGGCCCACCUGCAGCACUGCGUGGCAGCGCUGGCUCAGUACCGGCGGUACCGCAACUCUGACCUCGCUCUGGCAGCUGAGGGCGUGCGGUUAGCGCUCACCAGCCUGGGGAGGAUCACAGGACGAGUCGGGGCAGAGGAGAUCCUGGAUAUUAUCUUCAAAGACUUCUGCAUCGGAAAAUAAAGGAGCGAGAGUGAAAACAGAGAAGACAGGUGAUCCCGGCCCACUCAGGGAGGAAGGCUGUUUUCCCACAGAACCGUUUAGUGGCUGGAACAGCCCGGGCUCUGUGCCAUGCUUCAGGGUCCAAAUAGUCGGCUCUGUGUUCUUGGCUGCUGACGUACCUCCGUUCCCAGGACAAAAAUAUUUUUUCUGGUGGCAUUUUUUUAAAAUCCAGCUGAAAUAGUUUUUGGAUGAUGGCAAUGUCUCAGGGGCCCAAUAUACUCAACAAGUG